AUGACAAAUCUAAUAAAUCAAAAUGAAUUAAUAAUAAUAAGAGUAUUAAAGAAUAGUUAUUUGAUGGGGAAUAUAUUUAGACAACUUCAUCUAAAUAGUAGGAUGAUGAUGCAAUGUAGUUUAAAGGAUAAUGACCCAUUGUCAAAUAGAGUAAAGAUCAAGAGAUAUCAUCAAAUAGAUGACCCAUCAUGGAUGAUUGCAUACAACUAUCAACUAUUACUACGUUACAAGUUGGUGAGAAGAGAACCGUUGACAAUGGAUGCGUCGGCUGUCAAAGGAGUGUGUAGUGUGGCUGAUCAGGUAGUAUGGGAUAUCUUGCUACGUGACUAUGCUCCAUUAUUCGAGAGAUCAUAUUCUCUAGUUAACCCAAUGGCUUCAUUUGCUAAACUCGCAUUGGAUGCUAUCAAAUGUAACAACUUUAUAGCUUUAUCAACCUUGGCUAAACACUUUACAACUAAAUGUAUCAGUGGAGGAGGAGAAGGAGGAGAAAAUAACAAAUUGUUAGAGGAUGGAUUUAAAAUAUCAACUGGUGACAUGUAUUGGUUUAUAUCAUCGUUUGAAAUGUUGGAUACGUUGAUUAACAAGUACAACAUUGAUCCAAUUGUAUUUAGACCGACUAGAACGAAUGCACUAGACAUCAUUCUUAAAGGUGGUGAUGGUCAAUUGCUAAAAUACUAUCUUUCAAACUAUCGAACGUUUAAAGAAGAGGAAGAUCAAUACAAAGUUUCCUCGUAUCAUGCAAUACAACUGCCAGACAAACCAUACCUAAGUGAUACAUGGUCGGUUGCACUCUUUAAUAAUUUUGAUGCCAAUACUUUGGACUUUGCAUUGGAACACUUGGUCUAUAACGAAUCACAGAUUCGUUUAAAAGCUAUUCAUCCCCUAACAACAACAGGUCACCCAAAACCAAUUACACAAUCAACUAUUGAUAAAUUAAUAGUUUUAGAUAAAUUUAAUAUUUUUAAAAUUACAAAUAAUAAUAAUAAUAAUAAUAAUAAUAAUAAUAAUAAUAAUAAUAAUCGUAUAAAAUUAAAUCAACAAAUUAUAAAUAAUAUUAAAUUAAAACUUGAUAAUAAUAUAACAAUCAUUAAUAAUAAUAAUAGUGAAUUUAAAAAUCAACAUUCAUAUUUAUAUAUUAUAUUUAUACAAUGUUUAAAUUAUUGUGGUUAUAAUCAUAAUAUAGAGAUUGGUGAUUUAUUUAAAAAUCUACCUACAAACAAGAAUAAUAAUAAUAAUAAUAAUAAUAAUAAUAAUGAAUUCCGAAUCGAUCAAGAAUACUUUUUAGAAUAUAUUCAUAAUACUAGAAAGGAUGUAUCAAGAGUAAUCAAUUAUUAUGUUGAAUAUGGAACAUUGGAACAAAUAGAUUGGUUAUUUGAAUACCAUGAAAAGAAAACCUUGCCAAUCAAAACAAAUGGAAUGUUAUUGGAUCAAGCCAAAUCAUUUCAAACAAUGGUUCAUUUACGUGAAAAAUACAAUCAAGAUUGUACAGUACUGGCAAUAACCAAUGCAAUUAAAAAUGUAGAUGUGGAAUCAUUAAAAUAUAUAUUGGGAAUAAUGAACUAUGAAAGUAUCAAAGACACCAAAUCACUCAUCAAACUUGCCUAUCUUUCAGGUAGUGUCGAUAUUCUCGCUGCGCUUAUCGAUGACAAAGUGGAACGUUUUAAAAAGAGUAAUUUCCCAAUUACAGAACAGUUGUGGAUGAAUAGGGACAUGCUAGAGUAUUUAUUUAAACUCGAUCCUAAUCUUUUAGCCGAACGUCUUGGAAACUACAUUGAAGGUAUCGAGUGGUUUACAGAGUUUACCAAUUUGGCAAUCAUUGCAAACAUUGAAUAUGUGUUUGAUAAUGUAUUGGAAAAGAUACAUUUUGCAGAAAUUCCAAUAGCAACACUGCACUUGAUGUGUCAAUGCAUGCUCCAUUACGGAAGGACCGAUAAACUAGACUAUGUAUUACAAAACUUUGGUCAUUUAAUCCUACCCAAACAACCAGAGGUAUUGGCAGCAAACAUUGACAACAAACUAUCACUCUUGUUGGAUAAUUGGUUUGAAAUAUCAUUGUCUUGUUAUAGAAUACAGAGUAUCGAUUUUGUCAUACAACUAGCCAAAAAACAUAACCUUUAUGGUGAUAGAUUAUGUGCAAAAAGAAAUUUUAGAAUGAUUACUACCUUUUUCUCUCAAUCAAUUGGGUCCAUUGGAUGUAUGGACCUUUACAACAAGGUCAUUGGGUAUUUGGGUCAAGAAUGGUGUCGUAAUAAUCCACUUUUUAAUGUUUAUUGUGUUGUUGGUGCAAUCAAUUUCAACAGCUUCGAAAUUCUUCACCAUCUCUUACUUUGUACCGAUCCUCAAACAUUUCAACAUCAGGUUAUUAAACAAAAGGGUCGUUCUUUGAUUCAUAGACCAAUGUCAAAUGUUGUCAUUGAUUAUUUAUCUCAUUUUUAUCCUUGUUGUUUUAACAAGAACAACAAUGUAAAGGAACAAAGUGGACCAUCUUUUAAUUGGGCUAAAUUUAUUGGUAGUGAAUCAGAAAAUGAUUUAUAUUCAAUCCAAGAAAAUCACCUUCAACAUCGAUACAUGAUAGAAAGCAUCUUACAAAUUGGAUCAGAAGAAAAGGUAUAUCCAAUGGCACCAAAUAGAAAAGUAAUCGAAACAGCUAGACAAUUUUAUCAAUCUUCGCCUCAAUACAGUUAUUAUUAA